AUGUCGUGGCGAGCACGAUUCACGCCAUGCGUGGGCUCCCUCACGGUGUGGCUCAACCCCAAGGACCCAAACUGCUUCGGCGUGCGCAACUGGUGGCGCAACAACCUGCCGGAGCUGCAGCUUCUGAAUCCCUUUUGCACCUUCACAAUACAGGAGCUUUCCUUCGGUGAGCCGCACAUGUACAUCAACUACACACCAACGGAUCAGCGCAUGAUUCGCCUAGCUGGAGCGACGGAGGAGGAGUUCGAGGAGAUUAUGGAGGCAUGCAUUACGUAUGGCAUGAACCACGCCAUUAUCGAGCGUCCCCGCACCGACGACGGCGGCGACUUAGUGAACCAACCAGCCAUCACAUCCUUCGGCUACACUGAGAGUUUCACCGCGAAGCUGGAGGUGGCACCACCUGCGGACAUAGGCCAGAAGACGACGGAAGGCGUUGAUGAUCCAGGCCAGAAGCCGCGCCUGUACCCUCGCAACGUGGGCUGCAAGCUGAUGCCAUAG